AAAUCAUUCGCAAACUUGUGAACUAACUAGCAAUAUGAAGUAUACCCUAGUAGUACUCGCCCUAUUGGCACCCCUGGCAGCGGCAGCCAGUCUGGGUGAAAAAAAGCCGGAGCCCAACGCUUUUGUGAAAUCUCUGCGGGAAAUGCAUCGAGGACCUCCAGUUGAACCACAGACGACCAGGGCCAAGGUGGAGGAACGCUGGAUCACCCAAAAGCUGGACAACUUCGACAAAAGCAACAAUGCCACCUGGCAGAAUCUGGUCUAUAUCAACAACAAGUAUUUUAAAGAUGGUUCUCCCAUCUUUAUAUACCUGGGCGGUGAGUGGGCAAUCGAUCCCAGUGGCAUUACCUCAGGACUGUGGAAGGACAUUGCCAAGAAACACAACGGCUCCCUUCUCUACACUGAGCAUCGUUUCUAUGGCAAGAGCAUUCCAAUAACUCCUCUGUCCACACGGAAUCUGCAAAGGUACCAGCGCGUAGAGCAGGCUUUGGCCGAUGUUAUCAACGUUAUUAAAACGCUGAAGCAAGAGGACAAGUACAAGGACUCCAAGGUGGUGGUCUCUGGCUGCUCCUACUCGGCCACCAUGGCCACCUGGAUCAGGAAGCUCUAUCCCGAAGUGAUCAGGGGUAGCUGGGCCUCAUCUGCACCGAUCGUUGCCGAGGUGGACUUUAAGGACUACAUGAAGGUGGUGGGCGAGUCGUACGCCACCUUAGGAGGACAAUAUUGUUACGAACUGAUCGACAACGCCAUCGCCUAUUACGAGAUUCUUUUCGAUUCUGGAAAUGGCACUCAGGCCGCAAAGGAACUUAAUCUAUGCUCCAACUUUAAUGUCAAAAGCGAGAAGGACCGCUGGCAAUUAUUCAGCACCAUUGCCAACGUUUUCGCCGGCAUUGCUCAGUACCAAAAGCCAGAAAAUGAUGACAUUCCCAGCUAUUGCUCCAUUUUGCGAGAGUUCAGUGACGAUGAUGGUGAAGCUUUGUCGAAGUUUAUCAACUGGAAAAUCAAUGAUCACUCUGGCGAUUGCCUUAGCACUACCUUCCAAGGAGCUGUGGAUUACUACGAAUGGUCCAAGGAGAACUACGAAGACAGCGACUUGCCCUGGAUUUUCCAGACGUGCAGCGAGUUCGGAUGGUUCCAAUCAUCGGGCAGCAGGAGCCAACCUUUUGGAUCUACUUUCCCAGCUACCCUGUAUGAGGACACCUGCAAGGGAGUCUUCGGCCCGUACUACACCUCGGCUAACAUCCACUCCAGAAUCCGGAGGACAAACGAGAAAUUCGGUGGCCUCGACGUCAACGCAACCAACAUAUACUUCGUGCAGGGUGCCUUGGAUGGUUGGAACCAGGUGGGUGCUGGAACUGCACAGGGAGCCACCAUCAUCCCACUGGCCUCCCAUUGCCCCGAUACUGGAUCGAUCAGUGCCACCGAUAGUCCCGAACUGGUGGCCUCCAAGGAGAAGCUGAUUAAACUCGUGGCCGAAUGGCUGGAGGACUAAUGUCUCUAUCUAUGAAUUUUAUUUAAUUUUUUUUGUUUAUGUAUAAUAAUAUGUUUAAUCACCAGUAUAAUCAUAUCAUGUUUUUUUGCCUUUAAUAAAACGA